AUGUCCUCCGAUCCCUCCCUCCCCACAACCCUACAUUCCGAUGCCUCACAGGGGCAGUUCGUUGCCUCCUCACCCAACCCCGUGACCAAGAACCGAUUUCACAGCUUGCCAUCACAUCGUCGAGCGAACACCGAAUGUAUCGCACGCCCCCCUAUUUUUGAAGAAGACCCCAAAUCGUUCGACGAAAGCUCAACAAAUCGGUCGGCCCCGUGGACUGGUACAUUUCCCAAAAAGAAGUUCGAAGCACGAGCCCGCGUCUUGUCAGAUUGGUUCCAAGGCAAGUCGGACGGAGUUGAUUUGGGAAUCAAAAUGCGCCCUGACGGCGAAAUGGACGGGCCUACCAUGGGUCCCCCUCGUCUCACGGCCAUGUCACAUACUCGAAAGGGCUCGGCUCCAGCCACAGGUCGAUUCAACUUCUUUGGUCUCCGUCGGCAGGAAGAACAAAAGCCUAACCCUCCAGAGCCGGCAGAUGAUGAAAUCCUCAACCUUGAUAUUAUCGCAGCCCUUUCCUUGCCUAAGUCGGAUACAACCAGCGAAGAAGCACUUGAUAUUCUCCGCGAACAGGCCACCAACGUGCUACAUCGCAUGCAGGAAGCGUAUAAACAAAGAACGUUUGUUAUGCAUGAAGCCAUGGCAGACAGGACCGGGAAACAAGAGGAACUGGAGGAGACUCGGGCGCGCGUGGAUCACUUGAAGGUCCAGCUAGACGGUAUGGCUGCGAAAGUGUCGAGCCAAGAGAAAGCCAUGCAGGCCAUGGCAGAAGAGCUCGAACAGGAGAGACAACUACGACAGCAAGAAGAGAACCGCAGUCGCAGCCAUACCAUGCGCGCGAUUGCUCCCGAUGAUGAUAUACCGUCGCUAGUUCUGCAGACCCCUCAUCGUGGUGGCAAACGCACCAGCCAUGGGACAUUCGCUAGUGAUUCUGGUUUCGAGUCUGGAGAUGAAAGUGUGGCAGACAGUAUCUUCUCUCAUCGGGAAGGCGUCGAGUCACCAACAUCCGCACUCACCGCACCGUCUCCCAAUAUUUCGCAGGUUGCGCUGUCCACUCCAACUCAAAUGCCGACUCUUCAAAAGAAUCUCGUUGCAGCCACCAAUACACCUACACCAAAGGCUUCGUCCACAUACGACCGAGUUUUGAAGGGAUUCGCCUCCACGCGCCUGGGAAGCUCAUUCGUGGGGACUACCAACCAGAAUCAAUGCGAUAUUUGUUAUGGUAUUCCAUCCCAUGAAGCCUGGAGCGUCAUGGGUGUGCUGAAAGAUGAGAACCGGGGUCUCAAAAGUCGAGUGAGCGAGUUGGAGGUGGUGAUUGAUGAUUGCCUUGGUCUUGUUGGACCUUAA